AUGAGCGCCAAGGAAGCUAGUGGCAAGGCGGGCGGUCAAGCAUUGCGCCAGAAGGGCCGACCCGCAGCAAGAAAAACAUCCGGCGGAAGGAGAGGCAAGAAAGCAGUGACGGGGACGAGGCAGAAACGGGGCGAUGAACACCCUGGUGAUGCGGAGGAGGAGGAGGAUGAGGAGGAGGAUGCGGAGGAAGAGGAGGAUGAAGAGGAUGCGGAGGAGGAUGACGAGGAUGUUGGGGAGGAUGAAAAAGAUGAGAAUGAUGGCGGGGAGGACGAAGAGGAGGAUGAGGAGGAGGAGGAGGAGGAGGAGGAGGAGGAGGAGGAGGAGGAGGAGGAGGAGGAGGAGGAGGAGGAGGAGGAGGAGGAGGAGGAUGAGGAUGAGGAGGAGGAGGAGGAGGAGGAGGAGGAGGAGGAGGAGGAGGAGGAGGAGGAGGAGGAGGAGGAGGAACAGGGUGACGACGAGGAGGAGGAUGAGAAGGACGAGGAGGCAGCAGAGGAGGAGGAGGAGGAGGAGGAGGAGGAGGAGGAGGAGGAGGAGGAGGAGGAGGAGGAGGAGGAGGAGGAGGAUGUGGCGCCAGUGAAGGGACGGGGCGGGCGUGGCAGACGGCCCCUCGCGUUAUAG